AUGCCACAAGUAUCGUCCAUCGUGAGAGGGCUUGAUACGCCCCAGUCUACGGAAGAGCGACCGAGAAGUCCUGAGACAAGGCUUCGCGAAAGCCCCGACAUCUUCUCCAUCUUCACUCUCACCGUGUCGUUUGAUAUCCCGUCUUGCGACCUCCCUUCGUUGAGGGGUAUUCCUGGGGAGAACUCCAAUGUCCCCGCAAGAAGCUAUGGUUUGGGGACCGGUGUGUCGUGCGCCGUGUCCAUCCACAAGACCGGCGACGAGGAGGCGGAGGCUUGCCCACCAGGUACCCUCGUUGCACUCAAGAGGUACAGCGCAACCCCUGACGACAGCCCUGGGGGUGGGCAGGCAAAUCGGAAGCUGUGCCAGCUGCUCUGGCAGGAACUGAGCGUCUUUACGCAUCCGUACCUGCGACGCCACGAGAAUAUCUGCCAAUUGCUUUACGUAGGCUGGGACAGCAACUCGAUUGUGCCGAAUCUGGCCUUGGAACUCGCACAAUAUGGUACUCUGGAGGACUGUCUGCAGCACCUUCGCUCCUACAACUCGCCACUGAGGAAGGCCCAUCUCAGCUGCGACAUUGCGCUGGGUCUGGCGGCCAUUCAUGCUUGUGGGAUGGUGCAUGGAGAUAUCAAACCCGGAAACAUCAUCAUCCAAAGCCAUCCGUCACGGGUCGUCGUGGCCAAGCUGUCCGACUUCAAUGGAGUCAGCUCCGCCGAGAGCUAUGGAUCAAACCCGUACUCAUUUGGCACUCCCGAAUGGCAGGCACCGGAAGCGGUAAUCCAAGAGCCAACAAUCGACUGGCAGCUUUGCGACGUCUACUCUUUCUGCAUGGUCAUUGCUACCAUCUGGACGAGAACCGGCUACAUUCCUCCGGGCGGUAGCUUUCUUGACAGCUGUCUGCAGUAUCAGCUUGACAGCGAACAGAGGCGAGCCUGGGCCCUCGGCUGCAAGCUUGCGCCUGAUGAUUCAGAGACAAGCUUGCUCGGGCUAGCACUACGCGUGAUAUAUAGCGACCUUAACAUCUGGAUUUCUUUGCCCAGAAUCCUCACUUCCGGACUACCAACCGAACCGUCCAGUCGGCUUGAGAUGGCCGUCAUGGUGAACACUUGCUUCUCAGACUUUGCAACCCAGACGGGAAGAGAUCUCAGUUUUGCACCCGCAGAUGCAGGCUUCGUUUCAAGCAAGCCAUAUGACGCCGCCGACGUCUUUGGGGAGAUGUUUGUUUUGAACUCCUCUUACAUCCAGCGACAUAGAUCAUUCAAGGGAACCAUGUUCAAGGCCUUGUUAGCGGCCGGCAUCAAUCUCCGAGACUCGGUGGAAUUGCCAACCGUACUCGAUGUUGAGGAGAACCCUGCGAUGACCGACAACGAUCUUUAUGAUUUCCUUAUGACCCAGGAUAUUCGUCUCAAAGAUGCCCUCCACGAACACGGCAGUCUUUACCGGUUUGCCGGAUUCGCAGCUAAUAUUUCCCUCUCGUAUCUUCUGGGCAUUGGGACUCCGGUGAAAGAAGAUGCUGCCAUUUCAUGGCUGCGCCUGGCUGCCCGAGCCGGGGAAGGUAACUCCAUACAUCUUUUUGGCCCCCUUGAGCAGUCCAUCAAAGUGCAUGAGCCCGAGAUUCCCCGCAGGCUCUGGUGUGCCUUCGGUACUUUGGCAGGCUACUUUCACACAGCCGAGUGUCUCCAAGACACGGACCCGGUCCUCUACAAAACAGCAAUGAAGAUGUAUCGGCGGCACUGCUGGGGGAGACGUGGUCAUCAGAUCAACAGCAUUGAGCCGUAUCUCCCGGACUGGGUCGCGCAGAUUCGGCAGGAUCCUUCUUUAGUGAACAACCAAGUCCCAAGUCGACGACCUGAAGUGCCCACCAACAUCAAGGAGACUGCGCUGCACCUGUGCGCUGCCACCGGAGACCUCGAAUCCGCCAUGUACCUCGCGGGCUUGGCUGAUGCCGACAUUAACGCCGUGAAUUCUCGCAACGAAACACCGAUAUUCUAUGCGACACGGGCUGGUCAGUUCGAGAUUGCCAAGUUUCUUUUCGAUCAAGGAGCCGAAGUUGAUGGAAUUAGUACUGAGGGCUAUGGAAUCGCGCACGUCCUAUCCAUGAUGGACGAUGACCAUGGCGCAGAACUAGCCCCCUUGUACGUCUCCCGUGGUGCCGCCCUAAACAUCGCCGGCAAAGUGUCGCAGAAAGUGUCCAGAGACAACCUUACCCGUGGCAGAGGGAUACCGCUAUUCUGGGCUGCUCUGCACGUGCGUCCAUUGUUAUUUGCGGCUCUACUCGAAAUGCACACGAAACCAGAGUUCCGGAUCAGUCGAGCCGAUGCCUUGCAAUUACUCACACUGCUUUCGACUCUGCACCUGCACAACAUGCUGGAAGCUGCCCUCGAGCUGGUGCAGGGCAUCAUUGACCCGGCGCAAGAGUCACCGAGAGAUCCAGACAUUGAUAGUGUCCAGCGUAUGCUUCAAGAUUUCAGCAUCAGCCCGGCGGAGCAGGACCAUGACGGAGCAUUCGUCACACCAGCCAUUUCAACUGCCCUCCUCUUCAAGGCGAUGGGUAACUGGCCUACAGAUAUUCUCCAUCGGCGCUAUAUCUCACGCAAUAUGUUCAGCCGCAACAAGGAGAGAACUGUAUCCGUUCUGCUGAAGCAAGGAGCAGAUCCUCUUGCCUCCACCGGAUCUCCCGACUCAGGUGAAGAUGAGGUACAGCACAAUACUCCUCUUGCUCUAGCCAUAUCCGCUGGUGACACCCGCACUUUCCGCUUGUUUAUGGAUACUGUCAGAGAGCGCGGCGUGGACCUGCUUCCGUAUCUUGCGCACCCAAGGCGCUGGGCCGGGUACAGCGCGCUGCAAUGGAGUAUAUACAGUGACGCCCGGGACAUUUUCAUCCUUUUGCUCGAGGAGUACCCUUCGUUAGCCGAUCUAGUCGGGGAGUAUGGUCGCCGGCCACUCCAUUCGGCGGCAAUGAAGGAGUGGCCUGGAUAUGCCGAGGAACUGCUCCGCCGGGGCGCGAGCCUAUAUGACCGAUCACGCGACCGGUCAACCCCCUUUAUCAUGUCUCUUAUGCACAGCCCAAAUCUUGAAGUCGCCGAGCUCCUCGCUCAGCACUGCGACGACAUGAACAGCAUCCUGGGUCCUGAUACGGAAAGCGGCUUCACUGCCUUUGGAAAAUUACUCAGCGCCUUGGUCGGCUACCGCAUGGACUUUGGUAUAGACCGCCUUCGCUAUCUCGUGGACAAGUUUGGCGCGCCGUCGUUCUUCUCCAAGGUAGACGAAGCAGAUCACGAGGACGUCACGGUGUUUCGUACAGUGCUGCUCGAAAGAACAGCGCCCAUGGACAGGGCGCAGAUUGCCCUUGAGACGUCUGUUCUAGAGUUCCUGUUGACGAUUUUUCCUGACCGGGUGGACUUCAUCGACUACUUUGGUGGGGCUUCACUGCAUUACGCGGCAGCGUACGGCAACUAUCCGGCGGUCGAGGUCCUGCUCCGGCACGGAGCCAACGCGGCGAUCGAAACGCAGCUAGUGAACGGAAGGGGGUUGGCCGGAUACACCGCCCUCGAUCUCGCGGUUCAGCGUCAGCGAGACGGCCCAGGAGAUUGGAUCCUCCGUGGGACACGGAGCGAGAUAGAUGCCUGGGAAGCGAACAUGAAGAGCACCAUACGGGCCUUGGUCGAGGCUGGAGGCGGCGAACCAGGCAGCGGCGUGCCGUUUCUCGACCGCCUGAUGACACAGCAGGCAGCUGGCCGAUUUUCGAUGGUCCAAGUGUCAAGGUUAGGCGGUACGUAG